AAAUAGUCGGACGAAUGUUGAAUACGAAGUCAUUUUUUAGAACUAGACAGUGUUUUGGAAACAGCGGCGAUUAAGUGAAUACUUUUGAAACAGCCUUUUCCCUUAAUUUUAUUUCUUUUAAAAAUGAAGGGAUUUUUCAUUUUUGCGACGCUGGCUCUUGUGUACCCUCACUGGAAUUAUGCGUCUCUCAUUCUGCAGGGACCAGAGGUCCCAGUUGAGGAAGGCGACUUGGUGACUCUGGAAUGCCAGUCUGACUCGGAGUCAAACAUGACCGAUGUCUACUUUGAGAGGUUUUCCAAGCACCUGCAGAAGUGGUUCCGCGUGCAACCAUACAGAUAUGGGAGGUACGGAUAUGAGAGGUACGGAUAUGAGAGGUGCCCCUUCGACCGCGUGAGCGUGAGCCGGGAGCUGGGUAGCCUGUUUCUGAGAAUCUACAACAUUCAGAGCUACAUGGGGGGCCCCUAUCGCUGUGUGUCCAGUGAUGCCGCCUACCCCUACAACUCCUCCCUGCCUCUCUACAUACCUGUGAACUAUAUGUAUGAAAUCUCAGUCCACCGAGAAGGGGUGAGCACCUACAGCCGCUACAUGAGUCAGCAGCAGGACCUCCGAGUGCGGCUCGGGGAGGACGUGGAGCUGAGCUGCUCUGUCUCGGCCUCCCAGGACCCCGAGAUUACCUGGAUGAAGGAGGGGGAGGACUGGCUGGUGCCCUCCAGCAAGCUGAAGCUGAGGAGCGUGAGGAUGGAGAACAGCGGGAGCUACUCCUGCAUUGCCCAGCACCCCACCGUGUCCACCCUGAGGAAGACCCGCACCAUCACCGUCACGGUGCUGCCGGAGGAUGCCCCCUGGUAUGACACAACCGAGGGCCGUCUCACACUGAUGAUCUCAGGUGCGGGGGCGGGGCUGCUGCUGCUCAUCAUGUCCGUGACCGUCUGUCUGUGCCGGAGGGCCUCCGCAAGGAAGAGCAAGGGGCCCAUCGAUGACCAGUCCCAGAAAAAGCCCAUCUACACGGCCAGCACGGAGUCCCUGCCGUCCACCACCGGGGACAAACAGCCUCUGGUCUGAGGGAGGAGAGGAACGGAAAGAUGGUUACAGAGAGAGAAAAGGGGGAAGAGAGGGAGCUAGGGAGCUGGAUGGAGAGAGGUUGGGAAGGGGGGGGGGAAUGGUUGAAAGUGAGCUAGCACGAAACAAGGAAAAGUGAAAAAUAAAAGGGGGGGGGGCACAUUGAGAUAUGGGGGUCAAUUCACUGCAUACUAGAUAAAUUGUGGAGAGACAAGAAGAAAGAAUAAAAGAUUACAUGAGUGAGAAAGAUAAAUGCUUCUUUUUAUGAGAGCAGUCCAUUCCCGGCGGCUGACAACAAUGUCCUUUAACAAAAGGUGUGUAAUUUUCUCUGUAUCGAUCUAACAACUCAAAAGAUGAGAUUCACAUUCGGAUGAAAUGAUGUGAGGCAGGAAUUUGAGUUGCAAUUCACUGUAUAACUUCUCAGCAGGUUAGCCCUGAUGCAUCUGCUCACAUUUACUCGCCAUUCUUAAAAUGCGCGGUUAUGGAAAAAUGACGUUACUUUUACUGUCGAAAAAUAUAAUUGUGCUACUUUCAUCGGUUAAAUCAUUCCGCAGGCUUGGUCUGUGUGCCACGCGCUUUUAUCGAACGUUUUGAGGAGACGCUGCAAUCGUGUGCCCUGCGUUAGCGUAGCAUAUCUGCAAAAACUGGUGUCAUUGAUGAGGUUCUGUUGAUUGAUGUCGUUUUUAAACUUUGCACUGAGAAUAUAUUUUCUGUACUCUUUAUAAAGAUAUCUUAUUUUCUGUACCUUUUAAUGUGUCUAUCAUAUUAAAAUUGAUUUGAAGCUAAA